AUGGCGACCAAAUCCAGGCCCAACAUUCUCUGUGUAUGGGGGGACGACAUCGGCGUCGCCAACCUGUCAUGCUACACCAACGGCAUCAUGGGGUACAAAACGCCCAACAUCGACCGCGUGGCCAAGGAGGGGCUGAUGUUCACGGACGCUUACGCUGAGCAGAGCUGCACGGCGGGGCGCGCGACAUUCAUCACGGGGCAGAACCCCUACAGGACGGGCCUGACCAAGGUGGGCAUGCCCGGGGCCCCCAUCGGCCUCAGGCCCGAGGACCCCACCAUAGCCCAGGCACUGAGGCACCACGGCUACGCCACAGGCCAGUUCGGGAAGAACCACCUCGCAACCUGUACCACCUGA